CGCAAUUUGAUGACGCUUAAAGACGCAAACAACCGUCCAACGCGCAAAACUCGUUAUUUUCUGCGAACUAAAUAGACUUUUUACGGGAUAUAAUUUUGUGGAGCCGCAAUGGGACGCGAGUCCAGACAUUACAGGAAGCGUUCCGCGUCUCGGGGCCGGUCAGGUAGCCGAUCUAAGAGUCGCUCUCCGGACAAACGCUCCAAGAAAGACGACCGAGACCGGAGCCGGAGAGGAGAGAGAUCCCGGAGCAGAGACCGCCGCAGGUCCCGCUCCAGAGACAGAAAACGAGCCAGGCGCUCCAGGAGCAGAGACAGGAGGAGGUCCAGAAGCCGAGACAGAAGGAGGUCAGGCAGCCGGAGCCGAGCCCGGAGGUCCCGAUCUGGCAGCCCCAGCAAGGCCAGGAAAACAGAUGAAAAGUCGAGGAGCAAAGAGAAAGACACCAUCGAUCCCUUAUCUGACAAGAAAAAGGCUAAAGAGGAGAAAGAAGAUGAGAAGGUUGAGGAUCAACAAGACUUUGACCAGAACAAGCUGGAGGAAGAGAUGAGGAAGAGGAAGGAGCGUGUGGAGAAGUGGAGGGAAGAGCAGAGGAAGAAGGCAAUCGAAAACAUCGGAGAGAUCAAGAAAGAACUAGAGGAGAUGAAACAGGGCAAGAAAUGGAGCCUGGAGGAUGAUGAUGAUGACGAUGAGGAUGGUUCAGCUGUGAUGGAGGGAGACGAUGAUGAAGACGGAGAUGGGAAGGGGGACAGAAAAGACAAGGACAUCAAGGAGGAGAAGAAGGAGGAGGGUGAGCAGAAGGAGACUCCAAUGGAGCAGCAGACUGAGGAGGAUGACGUGGAUCCUCUGGACGCUUACAUGGAGGAGGUCAAGCAGGAGGUGAAAAAGUUCAACAUGGGAGGCGUGAAAGGAAACGAUAAGAAAGGAGCGAUGACGGUAACCAAAGUGGUGACAGUUGUAAAAACCAAAAAAGGGCCUCACACGCACAAGAAGAAGGGUGAGCUGAUGGAGAAUGACCAGGAUGCCAUGGAGUACUCUUCAGAGGAGGAGGAGGUGGAUCUGCAGACAGCUCUGACAGGCUUCCAGACCAAACAGAGGAAGAUCCUGGAGCCUGUUGACCACGGGAAGAUCCAGUAUGAAUCCUACCGCAAGAACUUCUACGUGGAGGUGCCCGAGCUGGCCAAGAUGACUACAGAUGAGCUGAAUGCAUACCGGCUGGAGCUGGAGGGUAUUACAGUCAAAGGGAAAGGCUGUCCCAAACCCAUUAAGACCUGGGUCCAGUGUGGAGUGUCGAUGAAGAUCCUCAACGCCCUGAAGAAGCACAGCUAUGAGAAGCCCACACCCAUUCAGGCUCAGGCCAUCCCUGCAAUCAUGUCAGGCAGAGACCUCAUUGGCAUUGCUAAGACCGGCAGCGGAAAAACCAUCGCUUUCCUGCUGCCCAUGUUCCGACACAUCAUGGACCAGCGGCCUCUGGAGGAGUCUGAGGGACCCAUCUCUGUGAUCAUGACUCCGACCAGAGAGUUGGCUCUGCAGAUCACAAAGGAGUGCAAGAAGUUCUCCAAACCACUGGGUCUCAGAGUGGUGUGUGUCUAUGGAGGCACAGGUAUCAGCGAACAGAUUGCUGAGCUGAAGAGAGGAGCUGAGAUCAUCGUGUGCACCCCGGGAAGAAUGAUCGACAUGUUGGGGGCCAACAGUGGUCGGGUAACCAACCUGCGCAGAGUUACGUAUGUGGUGCUGGACGAAGCAGACAGGAUGUUUGACAUGGGCUUCGAGCCACAGGUGAUGCGUAUUGUGGACAAUGUGCGUCCCGACCGUCAGACCGUCAUGUUCUCAGCCACCUUCCCCAGAGCCAUGGAGGCGUUGGCCCGCAGGAUCCUGUCCAAGCCCAUUGAGGUCCAGGUGGGAGGCCGCAGUGUCGUCUGCUCGGAUGUGGAGCAACACGUGCUUGUGAUCGAUGAGGACAAGAAGUUCCUAAAGCUGCUGGAGAUCCUGGGUCACUAUCAGGAGAAGGGCUCUGUCAUUAUCUUUGUGGACAAACAGGAGCACGCAGACGGACUGUUGAAAGACCUGAUGAAGGCCUCGUACCCCUGCAUGUCUUUACAUGGAGGAAUUGACCAGUACGACAGAGACAGCAUCAUCAACGAUUUUAAGAAUGGAGCAUGUCGUCUGAUGGUGGCCACCUCCGUGGCAGCCAGAGGCCUGGACGUCAAGCAGCUGAUCCUGGUGGUCAACUACAGCUGUCCCAACCACUACGAGGAUUACGUCCACAGGGCCGGACGCACAGGCAGAGCCGGCAACAAGGGCUACGCCUACACCUUCAUCACAGAGGAUCAGGUUCGCUACGCUGGUGAUAUCAUCAAGGCCUUGGAGCUGUCAGGCUCUCCUGUCCCCCCAGAACUGGAGCAGCUCUGGGGCUCCUUCAAAGACCAGCAGAAAGCGGAGGGUAAGAUCAUUAAAAGCAGCAGUGGCUUCUCUGGAAAGGGAUUCAAGUUUGAUGAGACUGAACACGCUCUGGCCAAUGAGAGGAAGAAGCUACAGAAAGCUGCACUCGGAUUGCAGGAUUCUGACGAUGAGGACGGAGCUCUGGAUAUUGAGGAACAAAUCGAAAGCAUGUUCAACUCUAAGAAGAGGGUGAAGGAUCUGUCUGCUCCCGGGGCGGCUGCCGGUGCACCAGGAACUGUUACUGCUACGACAGCUGCUCCCGGAGGACUGCCCGGCCUCGGACCAACAUCUGCUGGAAAUAUCCAGAAACUGGAGAUGGCUAAAAGGCUGGCGCUCAAGAUCAACGCUCAGAAGAACCUGGGCGCCGAAGCUCAGGAUGUGAUGCAGCAGGCCACUAACGCCAUCCUGCGGGGCGGCACCAUCAUGACCCCCUCUGUGUCUGCAAAGACCAUCGCUGAACAGCUGGCGGAGAAGAUCAAUGCCAAACUCAACUACACCCCUGUAGAGAAGCUGGAGGAGGAGCGGCAGGCAGCUGAGCAGGCCGAGACUGUCAAGAGAUACGAAGAGGAGCUGGAGAUCAACGACUUCCCUCAGACGGCCAGGUGGAAGGUGACGUCUAAAGAAGCUCUGCAGAGGAUCGGUGAAUACUCUGAGGCCGCCAUCACCAUCAGAGGAACCUAUUUCCCUCCAGGCAAAGAGCCCAAGGAGGGAGAACGCAAAAUCUAUCUGGCUAUUGAGAGUGCGAAUGAACUGGCAGUGCAGAAAGCCAAAACAGAGAUUACACGGCUAAUCAAGGAAGAGCUCAUCAGAUUACAAAACUCCUACCAGCCGACGAGCAAGGGCCGCUACAAAGUGUUGUAGAGGAGGAACAGAGGCUCGCUGGAGGAGUUUCCAUCCCUCAACAGACCGUCAUCUCGACAGUUUCAUCAAAGUAGUUGAAGAGUAUUUUAGUCUAUAUUUUAUAAUAAUGUUCCCUUCAAUUCUCUAAGGUUAAUUUCUAGUUUUGUUUGUAUAUUUUUCCUCUUUUUACCCUCGCUUGUGUUUUUCAGUGAUUUUUACAUCUAAAAUCCCCCUCAAUACCAAAAUGUCUGUGUCCAGCUGUCUGCAAUACGCCUUUAAAUAUUUGAGACAGUUCUGUUUUUGAUUUAUGUACAAGCACCAUUGUCUUCAUGAGCAGAGCCUCAGGUGGAAGGUGUUUUUACUUUUCCUCACAAUAAAACCAACAGUUUGGAAUUAUCAAAA